UAAACUUGUGAUAUUGACGCGCGUCUUGCAAGUUCAAUGUUCAAUAUGACAUUCAGCGCGUGUAACACGUGUUCGAGAAUACAUUUUUAUUAGAAAUGACUUUCGAGAGAAAAAGAGAAGAAAGAAGAAGAAAAAGAAAUCAUACUGAGAUAAAACGAUUAAUUCGAUAAAUCCUAAUUCUUAUAUAUAAUUUUCAAACUAAGAUAAAAAUCACCGUAAUGGGUAUAUUGAUAGAGUCUUCGCGAAUUUUACUAUUUUAUCAUAUUAGUUUGUCUUAUUUUGUCAUGUCAGUCGCUGAACAUAACCAAAUAUUUUAUAAUACCGAUAUGAAUCAAGAUUUCUGUACAAUUUCUAACACAUAUUCGAAAUGAUUGUAUUUUCAUAUUGGGCUAAUACAAAAUUUAAGCACUAUAUACCUUUUAAAUUCAAUUCCUAUUAUCUUCGAUUCAAUACCUUUUAAAUUCAAAAAAGUUACUUUGUCCCGCAUAAACAUUGACUGAACUUAUAUAAUACUGCAACCAUAUAUUUAUUUCUAUUUUAUGUAUUUUAUCUUGUGGGGGCAUCCUGAAUCAAUUUCAAUUUAAUAUCAAACGAAAUUCAUCAUCUUUACAAAUUAGAGAUAAAAAAGUAAUACAACCAGAACGAUCUUUUAAGUAUGCAGAUCUAACAGUCCGUCUUGCAGGACCAGACCAAUUACAACCAAAGCCAGAUGUCAGUGCUUUAGCAUUUGGUAAAUAUUUUACAGAUCACAUGUUAAAAAUAUUUUAUCAUGAAACAUUAGGAGGAUGGCAAAUACCAGAAAUUACACCUCUUGAAAAGUUAGUUCUCCAUCCAGCAUCAAAAGUUCUUCACUAUGCUGUAGAGUUGUUUGAAGGUCUAAAAGCUUAUAGAGGAGUAGAUGGGAAGAUAAGAAUAUUUCGACCAGAACUAAAUAUGGAACGGAUGAACAAUUCAGCAACGAGGAUUGGCUUGCCCACAUUCGUAGGAGAAGAAUUAAUUAAAUGUUGCUGUAGAUUAAUUAGUAUUGAUCAAGAAUGGGUACCUCAUUCUACUGCUUCUAGUCUAUAUAUACGCCCAACACUUAUAGGAAUAGAUCCCACACUCGGUGUUGCAUCUUCAGAAUCUGCUUUGCUCUAUAUUAUUUUGUCACCUGUUGGCUCUUAUUUUAACAAAACAAAAGAAAAUACUGGCAUUUCUUUACUGGCUGAUCCCCAAUAUACAAGAGCAUGGCCAGGCGGUUGUGGUAGCUACAAAGUAGGUAGCAAUUAUGGGCCUACUAUAUAUGUACAAAAAGAAGCUAUAGAGAAGGGUUUGCAACAAGUAUUAUGGCUUCAUGGAGAAGAUAAUGAAGUAACUGAGGCCGGGACUAUGAACAUUUUCAUGUUCUUUAUAAAUGAUGAUGGUGAAAAAGAAUUAAUAACACCACCUUUAACAAGUGAUUUAAUUCUUCCUGGUAUUACAAGAAAUUCUAUUUUAGCAUUAGCCAGAGAAUGGAAUCAAUUUAAAGUCAGUGAAAGGAAAUUUUGUAUGAAUGAAGUUUGUCAGUUACUUUCAGAAAAGAGAUUGUUGGAAAUAUUUGGAGCAGGAACAGCUUGCGUAAUUAGUCCUGUAUCUCACAUAGAAUAUGUUGGACAACCAUUGCAUAUACCAACGACGGAGCACUCUAAUCCUGUUUACAAAAUGUUUCUUAAACAUUUAUCUGAUAUACAAUAUGGUAUUAUACCGGAUCACCCUUGGGUGAUACCUAUCGAAUGAACAUAGAAUAAUCAAUUUAAUUAUUUAUUACGUAAUUAUAACCAAAAGCGACCCCAUGCAAUUUUUAACAUCGAUUGUAUUAUAUUUAAAAGAAUAGUUGUUGGGAAUGUCACAAUUUUGCUGUUGCUAGCUUCAUGCGAAUGUUGUUGUGAAUGAAUUCUUAUUUAUUUACACAUGGAACUGAUUUUGUCAAAGGCAUGUAAGAAGUGAGCAUGUAUUGGAGAUGAAACUCAGGGAUUAAUUGUUUCUUACAGAAGCAAAGCAACUUUUUAAUAGUGAGCUAUAAAGACUAAUGUGUUGAUUUGUAUGUGUGUUAUACGUUGAAUGACAGUUCGUACUUACAAAUAUGUGUGUGUUUCUACAUAGAAAUAUAGAUGUAUUGUAUAUA